AUGACGCUCGAGGUUGAACGUUCUGAAGUACCAAUAAUCUUGUUGAUCAACGACGAGUAUGGAACUUCCAAGGGGGGAGUUUCUACCAUCAACUGUCAAGUGGGCGGAACGCUGAAAGACAAGGCAGCCGUGUACUGUACAGUCCUGCGUGUGGAGAAACAAGACCAGGAGGCGGCAAACGGAGAUGGCGUCCGGCUGAUCAAACCCCGUCAAGUAAGAGGGGACAAGACAGAGCCAUCCGUGGACUGGCUGACCUUUCAAUUCCGGACCUACUACCCGAAGGAGAACCUACCGCCACAUGUUGACGUCGUUAUUGGCCAUGCUCACGUCACAGAUACGGCGGCGCGAAACAUCAAGGACGAGUACUACGAGAAGGCAGAGUUGAUCACGAUCACCCACGUCUUACCUGAAGACACAGACUACUUCAGGGGGAACCACAGGGCUAUCAAAGCUUCGGAGAAAGAGAAAAAUAUGCUUGAUAUCGUCGACAACGCAAAGGCAGCUUUCUCAGUGGGGCCGCGUAUCUACAAACACUUCACGAACAAGUACAGGGGAAAGAAGAGACCAAGAGACCACUUCAUGCUUCUCCCAAGGUCAUCCAAGAUAUUUGAACAAGCCCACAUCAAACCUGAUAGCGGCGAUGAUGAGAAGGUCGUCCUGUCUGUCGGGAGAGUGAAGAAUGUUGAGCAUCUCAAAGGUUACAACCUUGUAGGAAGAUCCAUCAGCAUAGCUGCAAGAUAUCUGGAGUUUCUGCGAUGGGUCGCCCGCGGCAUCAGCGAGGAUGACUUUGAGAGAAGCCUGAAGAUCCUGGAAGACAACCUGGACAGUGGCGACCUGAUCCCCACCCUGCGGCCGUACGGAACACAGGAGGACAUCUUGGAGGACAUGAUGACAGCCCACCUGGUCCUGAUGCCGUCCCGCUCCGAGCCGUUCGGACUGGUCGGCCUGGAGGCCAUCGCGGCAGGCGUCCCCGUCCUCAUCUCGGACCAGUCAGGUCUGGCGGAUAUGAUCAAGACGUUCGUUGACGAGAAGAAGUUCCCAAGGGGCCUCCUGAACAGGAUUGUGAAGACCAGCGUGCGAGACAGCGAUAUGGAGGAGAAUGCCAAAACCUGGGCGGACAAAAUCCGCGAAACUCUGACUGACACUGAGACGGCAUUCGACGACGCCAAAAAGUUCAAAGCUGCACUUCUGAAGUCCAAGUACUGGGAGGACUCCCAGAACGACUUCCUACAGGCCUGCGGCAUCACAGGCUCGGCUGCCCAGGCGCAGAGCAGCAAGUGAACUUCAACAGGAAAGGGCAAGUGACAAAUUUAGUCCUUGG